UUCGUAGCAUAAUUCGUUUAGCUUAUGAGACUGCUGGACAGCAGCCUCCUGAAAGAAUUACAGCUCAUUCCACUAGAGCUGUGGCUUCCACUUGGGCCUUUAAGAAUGAGGCCUCUGUUGAACAGAUUUGCAAGGCUGCAACUUGGUCUUCGCUUCAUACUUUUUCCAAAUUUUACAAAUUUGACACUUUUGCUUCCUCGGAGGCUAUUUUUGGGAGAAAGGUUCUUCAGGCAGUGGUUCCUUCUGUAUAAAGAGCCUGCCUAUCCCUCCCGUCAUCCGUGUACUUUUGCUUUGGUAUUGGUAUCCCACAAGUAAUGAUGACCCGUGGACUGAUCACACUUAACAGAAGAAAACAUAAUUUAUGCUUACCUGAUAAAUUCCUUUCUUCUGUAGUGUGAUCAGUCCACGGCCCGCCCUGUUUUUUAAGGCAGGUAAAUAUUUUUUAAAUUAUACUUCAGUCACCACUACACCCUUGGCUUCUCCUUUCUCGUUGGUCCUUGGUCGAAUGACUGGAGGUGACGUAGAGGGGAGGAGCUAUAUAGCAACUCUGCUGGGUGAAUCCUCUUGCACUUCCUGUAGGGGAGCAGUUAAUAUCCCACAAGUAAUGAUGACCCGUGGACUGAUCACACUACAGAAGAAAGGAAUUUAUCAGGUAAGCAUAAAUUAUGUUUUUGUUACUUAAACCAAUUAACAGCUUCCUCUGCAACGUAUCUGCACACCAAUCAGAAAAAUUAAACCAAGUGAAAGUCAAUCCUAGCGUUUUUGAAACUCUAGGAUUGACUAUUGAAACAAAUAAAGGGGACUUUCAUUCAUGAAGUAUAAGAUACUUAAUGUAGAAAGCUCCUUUAUUUGUUUCAACCAACUGCCGUUCUGAGCUGCUAACGAAGCCCAAGGCAAAAUAUGUUUUGCUAAGAGGUGACGUUUUCAUCUCUUAGCAAAUAGCUGUGCAGUAAAUCCGGCUCCCAAGGGCGCCAAGCUGGAUUUACAGCACGGCUAUUGGCUAAGAGGUGAAAACGUCACCUCUCAAGCAAAACGGCGAUUCUUUAGCAGCUCAGAACGGUGAUCGAUUGAAACAAAUAAAGGAGCUUUCUACAUGAAGGGGCAUAUUUAUCAAGCUCCGUAUGGAACUUGAUGCCCCUUGUUUCUAUAGAUCGCUGCUCCAUAACUUGUCCGCCUGCUCUGAGGCGGCGGACAGAAAUAAACCCGAUCGAAUACAAUUGGAGCAGGGGGCGGCAUUGCACCAGCAGUUCACAAGAAAGUCCCCUUUAUUUAGUUCAAUAGUCAAUCCUAGCGCUUCAAAAAUUGACUUUCAAUUUAAGCUGCAGCUGUAGUAAACUUAAAAAAAUAAAUAAUAAAAAAAAAUCAUUAUUUUAUCGGCAUAUUUCUUAAAAUUUAGGCACAUAAAUAGUCCAGAUACAUGGCUUCAAUUUAGGGCAAGCUGAAGACAUUAUGCUGCCUGUAUCCAAGAAUGAAAUAAUACCCCACUAAAGUGCCACCUGGAUCCUGUAAUCCUCCCAGUUACAGAACCAACCAUGAGCCAAAUACAAAAGUGACAAAUCUAUUCGGCCAUCAAUGGUACCUUUCGUUGGUGAGUGGGAGCAGCAGCUGGGAGGCGGGUGGGCGUGUUAUCGAUGGCUGGGUUUCGGAUCCGUCGUUACCAAAGUGUGUGCAGUAGUUGCGGCGGGGGGGGGGGGGGUGUACGUGCGCGCCAAAUAUGCACAUUUUAUCAUUUAUUGUAUAUGAAGGAGGGAGGGGGGAUCUGGGAUGUGUACAAGGGAUCUGGGAUGUGUACAAGAGAUCUGGGAGGGGGAGGGAGGUAGAAUAUUGAGGGGGGGCAGCUACACUACAGAAAAAAAAUAUUAUUUGCAAGUACCCAAGAUGGCGGCAUAUAUGUAUAACAACAAUAAUUGUGGGAUAUGUUUACCGGCUGUAUUUUGUACCUGGAUGGAAACAUGUGUUGAUUGAUUGUAGUAAUAUUGUAAUCAUCUUUGUGUGCAUAUUGUCUUUCCCAACAAUAAAAAUGAGAUGUGAAAAAAAAAUGGUGGAAUGAAAUAUAACAAAAUGGGCCUAGAUCAAUACUUUGGGAUGUCUUCUAAAAAAUAUAUAUAUAUACAUGUCAAGGGAUAUUCAGGGAUUCCUGACAGAUAUUAGUGUCCCAAUGUAACAAGCGCUAAUUUUGAAAAAAAAAUGGUUUGGAAAUAGCAAAGUGCUACUUGUAUUUAUGGCCCUAUAACUUGCAAAAAAAAAGCAAAGAACCUGUAAACAUUGGGUAUUUCUAAACUCAGGACAAAAUUUAGAAACUAUUUGGCAUGGGUGUUUUUUGGUGGUUGUAGAUGUGUAACAGAUUUUGGGGGUCAAAGUUAGAAACCGUGUGUUUUUUUUCCAUUUUUCAAUCAUAUUUUAUAAAAAAAAUUAUAGUAAAUUAUAAGAUAUGAUGAAAAUAAUGGUAUCUUUAGAAAGUCCAUUUAAUGGCGAGAAUAACGGUAUAUAAUAUGUGUGGGUACAGUAAAUGAGUAAGAGGGAAAUUACAGCUAAACACAAACACCGCAGAAAUGUAAAAAUCGCCUUGGUCCCAAACGGUCAGAAAAUGGAAAAGUGCUGUGGUCCUUAAGGGGUUAAAUGUUAUCUAACCAUGUACUAUAACAUAUUAUUGUAUUGCUUAUAUAAAGAGGAACAAAGGGAAAAGGCUGCUAAAACACUGAAGGUAGGGUACCCAGGCUAGUCCUUAAAAAAAAAAUAAAAAAAAUUUUUUAUCCUGAAGAUGAAUAUGAAGUACAGCCAGCUGGAGGAUAACCAAACAAUAAGAACAAGUCAAAAAUGUAAAAAAAAUGGGAAAGUGGAAAAGAGGAAAGGGUGAAUUUUUGUUGUUACUUUCAGUAGACUACACUGUAGGGUUAGUGCACCGCAGUGGAGGCCAUGCUGUGUGUGUUUCAUGCUGCUGAUUUUUGUAGGCUGAAGAAAGAUUAUUUUUUUUAUACUGGGUUCUUCAGUACCACUUUUUAGGCUCCAAUAACAGGUCAGAUGUUUAGAAUUUCCUAUAGAAUUACUAAGCAACUGAUUACAUCACCUGUGCUGUCCUUCACACAUCCCUAAUAUCUGACCUGUAACUGCAUCCUGAGGAAUUGAAGAAACCUUUUGUACAACUCUAUAAAGCUACCAUCUUACACUCUCCUGUUUCUAGAAAGCGAGUACUGGGAGUGUCAUGACAGUGCAUUGUGAAACAGACAGAAAAACAACACAAAUAACAUUGCCUAACUGAUGAGAGGAACAGGUGCUAAAAAGGCAACUCUGCAAACUAGAGGUUAUACGUGAUCCUUGUUCUCCUGCGCUAAUUAUAAAUAGCAAGUUUCCAAUUUAGGGCUAAAUUACAAGUGGAGCGCUAAUUUAUAGCUCAUCCGUAAACUGGCAAAGUAGCCUGUUUAUAGGCGCACGAUAAAUAACCAGCCAUUACAAGUGGCUGGUUAUUGUUACCGUGAGCUGGCGGUAAAAAUUAGCGCUCCGAAAAUGAAUUAAUUUUCUAAAUGUGCCCCAAUUGCCCCCAAAUUUAAGUGUGGUAUUGGCAUUAUUAAAAAAAUAAAAAUAAAUGUAGCAUUUAAAAAUAAUAAUAAAACUGCACAAAGCAAUUUUUAAGGUUUAAAGGUGGUGGGUGUGGAAUGUUAGAAAAAAAAAACACGGCACUGAAAAGUGCCUUUACAUUGAGGUCUAUGGGGAACUAUGUGUUCACUGUAAAUAUAUAUGUAUAUGCUUAUACAGGUAUACCCCGCUCAUACAGCGGGUUAGGGACCGGAGCCCCGCUGUAAAGUGAAAACCGCCUUAAAGUGAAACAAGGCAGUUUUAGCUAUCUUUUCACUUGCCAGUGUGUUUAAAAACUUAAAAACAUGUUUAAACUAACAUAUAUUAGAGGUGCAAUAUUGCUAUGUUUAGUUUAACACUAGCUCAGCACAGUAUUCAAUAAAUACUGUACCUGUAAAAUAGUGACAAUUACUGUAGUAAAAUUUGCCAGACUAUAAUACUGAGACACAGAUCGCACUGUAAUGCUGUAAUCAAAGUGAACUGCACAUAACAAAAUGGUGCCAGUCACUUUUCUCGCAAUCUCUCGAAGAUUACAGCACUGUUUCAAAUUUUUGGAGGUUGAACUUCAGCUCCACAAAGCGCUGUAUUAGCGAAACACUGUAAAGUGAAGCGCUGUAAAGUGAGGUAUACCUGUAUACCUGUACAUAUAUAUUUAUUUGUUAUUACGUGUAUAAACACAAAGAUAUAUAUGUAUGCAAGUAUAUACAUAUAUUUUAAAAUCUGCUGCGCGACUUAAACCCCUCCGCUGCGCAUUUUUGCGCUCCACUCAUAAUCUGGGGAAGUGGUAGGGGCAUAUAUGAAAUUCAUUUUAUGUUUGGUGUUUUGUUUGUUUAUAUAUUAGUAUUAAUAGCAGGCAAACAUAGUUAAACUGGAUAAAAUCACUCGGUAAAGUCAGAAUUUUGUUUUAAGAUCGAAUAUUUUUAUUGUUUGAUAUUUUAUUUGUUCUCUUUUUCUGAAUAAAUUUGCAAGAUAAUGAUUUAUCGUUGAAUUUCAUUUAGUAAGUAACGUAAGUAUAGAUUGCUAAAAGAUGGUGUUUUGGGAAGCAGAACUGAUGCUAAAUAUGAAAGUAUAAAACAUUUAGGAAAUCAUUACUCCCUGCUAUAAUUUACAAUAUACACUAUAGAAAUAUAUACAUGAAAAUGUUAUUGUCUUCAGUUUCAUAUAGGGGUUUCCAUGUUUUGUUAUGACUGCAAACUAAAAUUAUUUUCUAAAAGUGCUUUACCUCCUACAGUAUUUAAUAAGUCCAGUAGGUGGCAUGAAAAGCAAACUAACAGCAAAACUGAAAAACGUCUCUGAAGACUGCUUCAUCAUGUGAUACAGCACACUGUGAUUAGCUUUUUAAAAUAACUGAAACGGAUUAAUGCAACAAGCAAUGUCAUCCCCAGCUACAAAGGAAAUCAGGACUAUGAAAGAUUUUUUGGAAGAAGCAGAGAUCAACCUUCUUGAAUGCAAAGUCUGCUUUGAAAAGUACAGCCAGCAAGACAAGCAUAGGCCCAGAAAUCUCCCCUGUGGCCACAUAAUGUGUCAAGAAUGUGUCUCAUCUGUUUACAUCCCCAGAGAUCAGAGGCUUGAGUGUCCUUUCUGCCGCCAGGUCUACAGAUCAAUGAAGACCAGUGUGUGUCUACCUGUGCUUCAUUUAAUGGAGGUAUUAGGGCGUGUGGCACCUGAUUAUUUGGAAUCUGAUACACCAGACAGAACAAGUUAUGAAAAAUCCAGCCUCAGAUCAACGAGUUUUAACCAGAGAUGGUCAUUUGGGGGUUGGGGCACCCUUAUCAACCCAACUGGUUUAGCAAUGUGUAAGAAAACCAGAUGCCUGGUAGUGGCUCAUGAUGGUAAGAAGAGAGUCAGUGUUUUUACGAUGAAUGGGAAAUGUAUUCAGCAAAUGGGAGAUAAAACUGAUAUGACAAAUGGCAUAAUUUACCCAAUUGAUGUUGCUGUCACAUUAGAUGGAUACAUUGCUGUGACAGAUACUGGUGAUCAUUCCCUUAAAGUGUUUAAUCAAUAUGGAAAGAGAGUUGUGGUUGUUCAAGAACCCUUCUGUUUGCCUUGGGGUAUAGGUAUCAACCCUCAAAAUGAGGCCAUAGUUUCUGAUACAGAUGCAGGAGAACUUGUUCUUGUAGCUGCUGACUUUCAAUGUGGGAAAAUCCAGAAGACUGUAACAAUAUACUCAAAUUUAUGUAAUCCAAAAGAAAUAGCAGUGUGUCAGAAAUCGGGAACUGUUGUCAUUGUUGAACAUGUUGCAAAAAGCAGACAGAAUUCUACUGGAACUUGCAUCAAGAUAUUAAGCAGCAAGAUGAUGCUUGUAAGACAAAUUGAUAGUUUUAGUUUAAGUUUAGUUCUUCCUUUAGCAGUACAUGCACGUGGAGUAACAUUUGAUGAAGAGGGGAACAUUUUGGUAGCAGAUGCAAAUAACAGGUGCGUUAUUUGUUUAGAUCAAGCAGGAGAUGGUAAUCCCUUAAAAAAUAUUGUUGCUAGUGGCCUUUCAUAUCCAGUGGCAGUAACAACUCUAGGGGAUGGUUCCAUUGCUGUAUUAGAUGCACUGAACCAUUCUGUGCUGGUUUAUACUCCUCAAUAAAUAUAGGACUUGUUGUUUUUUGCAAAAAUAAAAUUACUGCAGAUAUUGAUAAUCUUGCUUUUAAAACUUACUCUAUCUUAAAGGGACAGUCUAGGCCAAAAUAAACUUUCAUGAUUCAGAUAGAGCAUGCCAUUUUAAACAAUUUUCCAAUUUACUUUUAUCACCAAUUUUGCUUUGUUCUCUUGGUAUUCUUAGUUGAAAGCUUAACCUAGGAGGUUCAUAUGCUAAUUUCUUAGACCGUGAAGGCCACCUCUUUUCAGAAUGCAUUUUAACAGUUUUUCACCACUAGAGGGGGUUAGUUCAUGUAUUUCAUAUAGAUAACACUGUGCACGUGAAGUUAUCUGGGAGCAGGCACUGAUUGGCUAAACUGCAAGUCUGUCAAAAGAACUGAAAUAAAGGGGCAGUUUGCAGAGGCUUAGAUACAAGAUAAUCACAGAGGUAAAAAGUAUGUUAAUAUAACUGUGUUGGUUAUGUAAAACUGGGGAAUGUGUAAUAAAGGGAUUAUCUAUCUUUUAAAACAAUAAAAAUUUUGGUGUAGACUGUCCCUUUAAUAAGAUAAGAGGAAUCACCAUUGAUAAUGAUACAAAAGGGCUCUCCUGCCAUCCCUAGCCUGAAGAGUUUUUUUCUUUUUAGUUGUUUCAGGGCAGUACACACAAGAGGAAGGCAACAGCCACCCCAUUUAGGGCUAGAUUACAAGUCAAGUGCUAAUUUAAUGCUCGCCUGGAAACAGGCAAAUUUGCCCAUUUGUGGGCAAGCAAUACAUAACCAGCCAUUACAAGUGGCUGAUUAUUGCUACCACGAGCUUGCGGUAGCAAUUAGCGCUCAGAAAACUAGCGAUCAGAUCUCUGGUACAUUUUUCUAAAAAGUGCCCCAAAUGCCCUCAAAAUACAGGAUAUUAUAAAAACAACAAUACUAGGCAAUUUUAAGGGUUUAACGUUGGUGGGUGUGGGUUGUAGGAAAAAAAACUGAACUGAAAAGUGCCUUUACAUUGUGGUCUAUGGGAACUGUAUGUUCCCUGUAAAUAUAUAUGUAUAUGCUUUUAUAUAUAUAUAUAAAUCUUGUCACAGAAGUUCACUCACAGGACUUUCAUAGAUAAUAUUCAAAUCUUUAUUUAAAACUCAUAAAAGAAUAGAUCACAAGUCGACGUUUCGGCCCUAUGAUAGGCCUUUCUCAAGACUAAGGGGCAUAUCUAUCAAGCUCCUUAUGGAGCUUGAAGCCCUGUGUUUCUGGCAAGCCUUCAGUCUCGCCAGAAACACCAGUUUCGAAGCAGCGGCCUAAAGAUCGCUGCUCCAUAACCUGUCCGCCUGCUCUGAGGAGGAGAACAGAGAUCACCGCAAUUCAACCCGAAUGAAUACGAUCAGGUUGAUUGACACCCCCUGCUAGCGGCCGAUUGGCAGCGAAUCUGCAGGGGGCAGCGUUGCACCAGCAGUUCACAAGAGCUGCUGGUGCAAUGCUGAAUGCGGAGAGCGUAUUGCUCUCCGCAUUCAGCAAGGUCUAUCGGACAUGAUCCGCAAUGUCGGAUCAUGUCCGACAGGCCUUUCAUAAAUAGGCCUCUAAAUGUUUUGAACAAACAUAUCAUUACAGCGGCAGCUCAGCCGCACUCCCAUCAGACAAGCUUCAUCAGCCGGGAUCAGCUGAGAUGCCGCUGUAAUGAUAUCUUUGUUCAAAACAUAUUGGGGCAUAUUUAUCAAGCUCCGUAUGGAGCUUGAUGCCCCGUGUGAAACAGAAGUUAUGAAUCAGUGGACAGAAAGGCGGCAGACAGAAAUUGGCAGAAAGCAACCCGAUCGAAUACGAUUAGGUUGAUUGACACCUCCUGCUAGUGGCCGAUAGGCCGCAAAUCUGCAGGGGGGGUAUUGUACCAGCAGUUCACAAGAACUGCUUGUGCAAUGAUAAAUGCCUAGAGCGUAUGCUUUUAUCGAUGUGCAGCGGACUUGAUCCGCUAUGUCGGAUCAUGUCCGCUUGCACCAUCAUAAAUAGGCCCCUUAGUUUUCAGAAAGGGCCGAAACAUCGACUUGUGAUCUAUUCUUUUAUGAGUUUGAAAUAAAGAUUUGGAGGCCUAUUUAUCAUUGCGUCUAUCUCAACGCAUUCACUGGAGUCAAUACGCUCGCCAGACAUCGCUGCCGCAAAUCUACAUACGACGGCCUUAUUUAUUAAAAAGUCUGUCAAAAACACGCGUCAAGUACGGAGUGAUGAGCAUCGGACUAUUGAUAAAUAAGAGUCAUCAAUGUUGUCGAUAUUCUGUUUUUCCCAACUUUAUACCAUUUCAUUACUGUCAAUGAACAAGCACAUUUCUCUAAAGCUAAUCUUUUA